UUGUGGUUGGCUUCGUAGAUUUUUUGCUUAUCACCUUCGGCUCUAGGAAAUUUUGUCGAAGGAAUAAUUUUUAUGUAGGGUUGUAUUUUGUGUGAAUGUUUGUUUUGUGAGUAUCUUUUGUGUAUUUUCUGCCUAUCUCUGAUAAUUUGGCAGAAAAUGGAGAAUUCUGGUAGUGAAAAUAAGGAGUUAAACUUUGGGUGUGGCAGUGAAUUGCCUAUACGUGAAGAAAUCAUUUUGGAUGUGCAAACAACUACAGGAGGAACAUUUUAUAUAUCAGUUGAUAAUUACAUCCCUAUCGAGGAAUUGAAACGAUUAGUUGCUCAUAAAUUGAGAGUUUGUAAAGAUAAGAUUUCUUUAUUACACAGGGAACGGAUUUUGCAAAGUGGUACACUUUGCGCAAAUGGCGUGAUGGAUGGUUCUAGAAUUGUGCUCUUACCAAAUGUUGAAGCUGGCUUACUUACGCAUAGGUCUGAAAAUACUGUGAUGCAUGCUUUGGAAUCAUUGAAUGAAGCACAAGUGACUGAUUUUUUAAGUGGGAAAGCACCAUUAAAUUUAACCAUGAGACUAGGUGAUCAUAUGAUGCUAAUUCAACUUCAGCUUAGCACUAUGAACCCUAUUUUGUGUUCUACUCCUGGACUCAGUCCUGGUCAAUCUCGUUCUGAUAGAAGAUUUACUAAACCUAAACCUGGAAGCAGUCUUCUUAAAAAACAUAUAACACCAAUAAGUGUUCCCAAAGAAAUACCUUGUUUGUCUCCAAAACUGGAUUGCUCUGAACAUUGUUCAUCAUCAGUGAUUGGAUGCGCCCAUGAAAGUUUGGCCUUUAUAUCCAGUCCAAAUAUUGAAAGCACACAAAAAGCCUACAAUGUAAUUAAAAACUAUACAGAUAUUGACCAAUCUAAUAAUGAGGAAAGCAAUGAUGUUGAUAUAGUAUCAUCUCAACCUUUUGACGGUGUGUAUAGUGUACCUAACUGUGAUAUAAGUACUUUCGAGUCACCUGAUUUAAAUCAAUCGCCGAUAAAAUCUCUGUCUAACUUGGUAACGAGUCCACAUAGAGAUAGCACUAUACAGACUAUUCCAUUGGCCCCUUUUGAGACUUUAAAAGUUAAUUCUCCUGGAACUACCAGUGACAAUAUUAUUGAAGAAUGUCGAGACCCCAUAUGCGAAAAUUUAACUUCUUGUUUGUGUAGUUCUCUUCAGAAUGAUUCAACCAGUUCAUCAUGCAAUUGUCAAUCACAAACAUUUAGUGCAGAUACGUCUUUCACUGAAACAAAUACAAAGAAACAAAUUGAAUCGAAAUAUAAAAGACUUAGCGCACUUCUUCACAAAACAGCAGGAAGGAAUGUAACGAAGAAUAAAAUUAAACCCAAAAAUUUGAUGGUGGUCAAAUCAGAUAAUGGACGAAAAAAUACUCUUAAACAAACUACUCCAUCUAGUUCACGUAAUGAGAAUUCUAUGAAUUCACUAGCUGAAGCUUCCAGAAAUUUAACAAAAACCUUAAAGAAAUUGUCUAAAGAUGUUCUGACCAGCAACAAAGAUGUGACAGAGUGUUCGAGAAAAUCAGGAGCGGCAGUUAUAGAUUCUAUGAAGCAUCAUGGAAAAGGAAUAUAUUCGGGAACGUUUUCUGGGACACUCAAUCCUGCAUUACAAGAUAAAUUUGGCCGCCCCAAGCGUGAUGUCACUACAAUAAUCCAUAUUCUUAAUGAUCUUUUAUGUUCAUCACCUCAAUAUAAACAGGAGGCUAGAAUAUCUUUUGAACCUACAAAUUUAACUGCGACUCCUCGAAUUUCUCCAAAACAGGCACCUUCUACUUCAGUUUCGAAAACAUCGCUGGAUGUCUCUGAUUCAACUGAAGAAAGUUCUAGCACAAAUACGAGUACAUCCAACGAUGAAAGCAGCAGCAGUACGCAGACACCUACCUCAUUGUGCAAUUAUGGAGAGUGUGACGGUCAUUAUUCGUCUACUAGUAUUUCUCCGAACCGUUGCUUGAAAAGAUGCGCUCCUCCGCCCCGACGUGAUGAAUACGCUUUACCUGCCAGCAACAUAUAUUAUCCACCUCGUAUUUUGUCAAAAGAAAAUUACAUGACCAAAUGUAAAGUUCAGCAAUUAAAGUUAAUUAUGCAAGAGCGUAAGCAGCGACGUGAGUUUCGUAAGAUGAAAUUAGGUCCUUAUACAAAUCCUUGCUCUCUUAUAAAGAGCGAUACUAAAGUUUCUGCUCCGAAAACUGUAACUAGUUCGUCACUGUCUGAUAGUUCUGCCGAGGAAAUUGAUACUUUGGUUUAGUUUGUUAUGUAAAUAAAUUAGAUUACUACAAUUAUGGAAUAAGUUAAAAAAAAAGAGUACAAGUGUUUAUUAACUACUAUAGAUUAGUGGUCUGUUCAUAGGUAUAAAAUUUGUUUUUACUAUAAGUUGCGAAAUAUCUCAGGGGUCUGUACGACGAUAUUUGUCAAAGAUUAUUCCCCGUCGCAUUCUAAUAGCCUUUGAACUUCUCAUACGUACUUUAUAUAAUACUACCCCGCGAUUACAAUCCAUAUUUUUUUGCGGUGUACCCCAAGUAGUAUAUUGUUUUUUUUUAAUGAAUGUUUUAUUAAUAUUUUUACGUAUUCUUUGUUGUGAUGAAAAUAUUGUCGUGGGUGACUUCCAUUAUCUUUUUCUAAAUUAGACAUGUGAGAACUUUUACUUGACGUUUCAAAUAAUAUAAAGCAAUUUUACAAAAAACUUAAUAGUUUAGGAAAAGAUAUAUGCGAUGCAUUUUAUAGUAUAAAUUUAUGAAUUAUAGUUUUAUACAAACAUACUUAUAUAUAUAAUUAUGCCUCAAACAAGUUUAGGUAUCUUAUAAUUUCUAAUGCAUUUUAAAAUGCUGGUUAAUAUAUUCUACAGUUAACACUAGUAUUGGGUCGUUCUCACACAAAUGCUAUUAAAAGGAUUUAUUUGGUAUUUCGUAAAAUGCUUAUUACAGUUCAACACUUUCUUUAUAUUCUAAUUUAUUUUUGUGUUGUAUUACUAUUUGAUUAUAUCUUAUUAAAAGCGCCGGCAAUUAAUUCUUUGAUGCCUUCUAGAUAUUUAUGGAAAUAGGUUAAAGGUUAAUACUGACGUUUUACUGCUGAAAUUUUUAACUCGCUUUUACUGCGAACGAGAGCGACUCUUGAAUAUGGCUUAUCGCAACCGUACCCGAAUAUUAUAUCAAAAUCAGUCUUAUGUAUUAAAAAAAUAUUGGCAUUGCCGUGAAAUUGGUUAUUUUCUACCUUGGUAGCUGAUUUGAUUAAAUUUAAAUUUUAUAUAUUUUUUUUAUAGAUUUGUUAAUAAAUUCUUUGUUUAAUCUUGCCACAUAUAGGUUCAGAUUUUAUGUUGUGAUCAUUUAAAUGUUUUUAUAACUCUUCCAAGAUGAAUAUUUUACAUGUGUGAUAUAUGUUACAAGAACAGUUGAUAUUUUUUUUCAACACAUCUCAUAGUCGUUAUAUAUUACAAAAUAUUAUUAGUAGAUUUUUUAAGUUUGUUCUUAUUUUGUUGAAUGAUAUUACAGAACUAUAAGGAACAUAGUCAUGCAGUAUAUUUAUAA